UAUUCUCAAAACACAUUAUAUAAUUAAAGAACAACACGCUUAUGAACAGUGCAUGCAGCACUUUCUUUUUAACCGUUUGCUUGGUCAAAAUUUUACCGGCUUUCACUGCAUCGAAAUACCCAUUUCACCUAAUCUUUUUUUCUCUAUUCACUGCCAUCAACUCUUUCCUUGUCUCUUUCUCUGCAAUCAAUUUGAUUUCGCCUCUCCACUGUUUCAUAUUUUCAGUGAUGGAGCUUUCCUGCCGCCUUCAGUUUGCUUUCAUAUUUGGAGAAAGUUGUUGUUCCUUCUGGUCAAUAAUGGGUGCAAUCAAAUUUUGGAGGCCAUAUUCACCGCUAUCUCAGUUUUUGAUUGUUUAGUUUUAGUUCGCUUUCUCUAUAUUUCCUCCCUCAUCAAUUGCUAUUUGCUUGAAAUUCACUACCGAAGAACCCUAACCCGAUUCAGAUGGAUACCGAGACCCAAAGGAUGUAGAGGCUUUGAUUCUUUACGUUCUUCCAAUUUCAACUACCAAUUUUUUUUUGGGUAUCAGAUGACUUACAUAAUGUUUUCGUGCAACCUUUGAGACAAUAUUAAAAGCUUCUGUAUGUAAGCCGAGGAUGAAGAAGAAAAGUUUACUUAUGUGAUCUUAAUGAUUUAAUAUAGCUGUAAACAAUAUACCUUCAUCCCAAAUAAAUGAGUUUGCUGGUCAAAAUAUAGAAAGUUGGAAAGUCUUUAAGUUUUGACCUUCAUUUUACACAAGAAGCCAACCUUCCCUUUUAUUGAAGAUGC